UCCCUCAAUACACACAGAAUGUUUGUUUUGAGUUUCUUGACAAAAAUCCAGACCCAAACUCCAAACACCAUUACAAAACCAAGCGAGGAAAGUGGGAUUGGAGAGCGAGCACAAGAACAAGAUAGCCUCUCUCGACUUAACACACACACAUUCCAAAGCAAAAUCAAACAAAACCCAUUUCCCACUUCGGAUCAUAGCCUCUGAACCCCUUUCAAAUUCGAACCCAAAUUCCUAAGUUCACUGGAAAUGGAACGACGGAAAUGAAUUCCCAAAGAAAGAAGCUGGAACUCUCUUGAUUCAUCCUUUCACUGCUCCAAAUCUCUCCCUCUCCAUCAUCUCAGUGAUGGGUUGUUCGGUUAUCAUGAGAAAUCCCCUUCUCUUCCUUGCUUUCAUAGUCCCAAUUGCGAGUUUUCAAGUUGAUUCUGCUGCUUCUGGAACAUUGGCAAGGCACUUGUCUUCUCUUCUUAAAUGGACUGGUUCUUCCAAAACUCCUCAACCAGAUGGGAAUGCUAUUCAGUUUGAGAGUGGCUACUUAGUUGAAACUAUUGUAGAGGGAAAUGAAAUUGGAAUGGUUCCUUACAAGAUUCGUGUCUCCGAGGAUGGUGAACUCUUUGCUGUUGAUUCGGUUAAUAGCAAUGUUGUCAAGGUUUCUCCGCCAUUGUCUCGAUAUAGUAGAGCGAGGUUGGUUGCUGGGUCUUUCCAGGGGUACAAAGGGCAUGUCGAUGGGAAACCAAGUGAUGCUCGGUUCAAUCAGCCAAAAGGCGUAACUAUAGAUGAUAAAGGAAAUGUAUACGUAGCUGAUACCCUGAAUCUUGCCAUCAGAAAGAUUGUUGAUGCCGGUGUGACAACAAUAGCAGGAGGCAAGACGAAUGUUCCAGGCUAUAGCGAUGGGCCUGGUGAGGAAGCCAAGUUUUCAAAUGAUUUUGAUGUCAUAUAUGUCAGGCGUACCUGUUCGUUGUUGGUUGUUGAUAGAGGAAAUGCUGCACUUCGCCAAAUAUCUCUUAACAAGGAGGAUUGUGAUUACCAAUAUGGUUCAGUUUCUACCUCAGAUGUUGCCAUGUUCAUUGGUGCUCUUCUAAUAGGAUAUUUUACAUAUAUGCUUCAGCAUGGAUUCAAGCUGUCAUUCUUCUCUUUUAUGGUGCAGAGUGAACAUUUGGAGACUGAAACGAAAGAACUGAGCAAGGGGAAACAGACUAAGCUUGUAAGUACCAUAAAAGAAGAAACAUGGUGGGAGUCCUUCGGACAGGUCGUUGCCGAACUUUACAAGCAAGCUAUAGAAUUGCUGCCUGGAAAUCUCAAAUCCUUUCUUUGGCCUUACUUUAGAUCAGAGGAUAACAAGGAGAAAGGUCUAACUCCUUUGAAAGAUGCUCUCAAGAUGCCAGAAGAUGAGAUCAAGGCCAAUGUGUCCUUGAAACAGAAAACUGCCAUUCCUCUCUCUGAAACCAAGCAUGUCUCAAUCAAACAUGAUGAAUUGAAACCACCCAAAAUGAAAUCAAGUAUCAAGAAUCCAUCUCUCUUAAACAAGCACAGCCAUUCAGGACAAGAGUACGCCGAGUUUUACAGGACGGGCAUGGUUUCUUCCUCCCUCAGCCGGUCCAAGGGCCAGAAGGAUAGAUCAAGACAUCGACAGAAAGAGAAAGGAUCAGAUAUCUUAACAGGAACACUCGGGGUUGAACCAAAAUCUGCAGAGAUGAGGACGGAUUAUAACGAGCCGAAGUAUGACCAGUACAAUAUCAGGAAUAAGUACAGAUAUGAUUCUUCAUCCUUCCAUUUCUGAUGAACUUGAGUCUUGAUGAAUUCAUUUGACUAUACACAGCCAAAGUAUACAAAUGACCUCAGUUUUCUGCAAGGUUUGAUAACUUCUAGCUUCCCCAAGGAGAUAGAUGGACAUUGUUGAAGAAUGGAUUAUGAAGAAACUUGAAAAUUGAGCUUUAAUGGCUUCUUUUUGUUUUAGCCCUAUGUUAUUUUUCUUGUAUCCUUUGAAUGUAGGCCUAGAUUUACAUUGGUUUGUUGAUACUCGUGGGAAUUAAUUGUCAUUUUGAUGUACCCACAAAUUCUUAA